CCAGAGCGUCCCCAGGAAUGGCGCCUCGGCUUCCUGGGCGGAAGCGGAAGCGGGGCAAAGGGGAAGCCGGUGUGCCUGCCUGGGUCCCGGGGCUGCCUUGGGCUGCCAUCUUGGAGGGUCGCGGUGGCAGCGGCAGCUGCGGUGGCGACGAGACUCCAGUGUCCCGGAGACUCCGAGGCCGCGCGGGAGGGCCCCGAGCUCGGCAGGGAGAGAUGAGCAACAACAGUAACAAGCGAGCACCCACGACGGCCACCCAGAGACUGAAACAGGACUACCUACGCAUCAAAAAAGACCCAGUGCCUUAUAUCUGUGCUGAACCUCUCCCGUCAAAUAUCCUCGAAUGGCACUACGUUGUACGGGGACCCGAGAUGACUCCGUAUGAAGGUGGCUAUUAUCACGGGAAGCUCAUUUUCCCCCGAGAAUUUCCUUUUAAACCUCCCAGUAUUUAUAUGAUAACCCCAAAUGGAAGAUUUAAAUGCAAUACAAGACUAUGUCUUUCGAUUACCGACUUUCACCCUGACACGUGGAACCCAGCCUGGUCGGUGUCGACCAUCUUAACAGGCCUUCUUAGUUUUAUGGUGGAAAAAGGCCCCACUUUGGGCAGCAUAGAAACCUCAGAGUUCACAAAAAGACAGCUUGCUUCGCAGAGUUUAACAUUUAAUGUAAAAGACAAAGUCUUCUGUGAAUUGUUUCCUGACGUUGUGGAGGAAAUCAAGCAGAAGCAAAAGGCCCAAGAGGAACUCCACAGCCGCCCCCCGACCCUCCCGCUCCCGGAUGUCAUCCCCGACGGGGAGGCGCACCACGGCCAGAACGGGCUGCCUCUCCUCAACGGGCAUGUGCCGCUGGCCGCCGCCAACCACCCGGGCCUCCAGCAGGCGAACCGGAACCACGGACUCUUGGGCGGGGCUCUGGCGAACUUGUUUGUCAUAGUGGGCUUCGCGGCCUUUGCCUACACGGUGAAGUACGUCCUGAGGAGCAUCGCGCAGGAGUGACGCCGCCGGGCCGCCCCCCUCCGCCGCCGCCGCCGCCGCCCGUCCAAGACCAAAUUAGCCGUAGGGGCCGGACGCGCACCGAAAGCUGUUCCCGGGACUCUGAGUUUCGUGUUCCCGAGAGUGGGAUAAAAACCGUGAUGUGCAGGUUUGACAACCGACAGCUGUAGCUUGGCUCAUGGGUUUAGUUUGGCGAGGGGAGAAGGCUUGGGGCGCCCCCUUCGAGCAGAAGGGGGCCCGACUGGAGUGGAAGAUGCAUGGCAGAGAGAGGAGCGACACCCCCCCAGAUUCCUUUCCUCAUCAGGGCAGAGCACCCCCUUCCCCAAAUGUUGCGGGUCCGCCCGCGACGUUCUGCGUCGGUGGCGUUUCUAACCAGCACCGGAUUCCGGUUCUGUGUCCGACCAUUCCCGCCCUAAAUCUCCGGGUGGAAUUCCCCGUUCGGAUGUGCCGGGAGGUUCCGGAGGCCCCGGGAGGUCACAGCGUGACGCGGAGACGCAAUUUUCUUUUUCAGGGAUAUCGGCAGGCAGGGACUGGGAUGUAGUGAACCUGUCCACCCAUCCAUUUCUUGACGUCUUUGCUCUCUCCUCCUCCUCCUCCCCACCAGAUAUCCCUGCCCCAUUUAACUUGGGAAACCUGUCUUGGGGAUCCCUCAGUAGGGUUUUGUAAAGGCAAGGCCAAGGGGUCAGUGGAAUGGUUUAAGCGCCCCACGUCCCCUCUGGCCUCUGUAAAGGCCUCCCUUCAACUGUCGCCACUUCCAAACUACUCAGACCAAAAAACCGUCCCCGUCCCGCCCCCCCAAAAACCCCUGGCUCCUUGGCGAGGCAGAGCAUAUACCGCACAGGUCCUGGGGUGGGCGGGGAAGCAGUGAGAAUUCCUUUUCCAAGAGCUUUGAUGAUUUUUUUUAGAAAAGAAAAUGAGUCAGAAAUGACGGGCUGCAUAAGGUCUUUCCCUCUUUUCAAUCCCCCGAGAGCCUGACGCUCGUGGAUCUGGAAUGCCACAAAGUUCGUUCCACAGCCUCCAGCGAUCACGGCGAUUUGGGUGCGAUUUGGGUCCUGUGAUAUGCAGGGGGGUGGUGGAAUUCCUCUGAAACUUGACCGCGAUGGGGCAACAUCCAGCCAAACCAGAGGGAUACUUGGGGGAGAAGUGAUGUUCCCGGAAGCACUGCUUAUUUCAGAAAACGGUGUGGGCUGACAUGGUUUGGUAUUAAAGACCUCCCGCCCUCCUUCUAGCCACCCUUACAAACUUUGAAAAAAUUGGUGACCUACAAUCGUAUUUCUAGAAACCAGAUCAGAUGAGACGAAACAUCUCUCCCCGUCUGUUUCGGUCCCCAUAAGGGGUUGGCUGAACUGUAAAUCGGGAUCAGGGCCAAAGCAAGUAUCGGGCAAGGGUGGCCACGCUCCGACUGCUCUCUCGGCGUCUCUGAGCCGUGAGCCACCUGUGUGGCUUGAGAUGGUCUCACUUGUCGAGUGUCCCUUUCCUAGCCUAUAACUCAAGCUCAGUGUCUGCAGUGGGAAGAAUCAAGUUUAAAUCUAAUUUACAGACGAAUUUACCAUUGGGGGAAGUGUUGUUGCGUGUCCAAAGGCUCCCCCGACGGGAGAACGAAACUCCCUGCACAUAGAAAGCUAGCGCUUUCGGUCGAAGCCUCCUUGAUCUGAGGGAUAUCUUGGGGGAGAAAGAAGGCAAAUGCAUCUGCGUAAGGCCGUCACAACCUAGAUCAGAGGCGCCGUCUUUUCGGACUACAACUCCCAUCACCCCCUGCCACCGUGGUCAUUGUUUGAUGGUGACGGGAGUUGUAGUCUGGCAGUACUUGGAGGGCCCACACGGUGGCGCCCUGCUCUAGAGAAAUGCCCGAUCCUGCUGAUUUUACGGAAACUAGCCCCUCGUUGCAUCGUAGCGCUUUCCUCUGCGAUUGGCCCUGCGAGGCAGGCGGGGCUUGGCAGGAGUGGGCGGGGCCCUGUUGAAUCCCGCCCCUCGCCUGAUAGCCUUGGACGGCAGCUGUUAGUGGUCCAGUCUUCUGAAGAGGUAGCCUGCCUUGAACCCACUUCCCAUAUCAAACACCACACAUGUCAAUCUCCCGGGAUGUGGCUUAUAAUCUCUUUCUGUCUGAAUCCCCUUCCCAGUCCUUUGCCUCAUCUCUGAGGUGAAUUCCAGUGCCUUUCCUGCUUGUCCGUGGCUUCUUAAAAAGUCUCUCGCCACCAAACGCACCGAGGGAAUAUUAACGAGCUCAGCGAGACCCUCUUCUUUUUAAAAGCCCCACCCACUCUUGGUUAAGCCCCGCCCCUCCUAAAAGCCCCGCCCACUGUCCUUUUCCAAACUUUCUGUAACUGGAAAAAAAAAAGUAGCCUUUUAAGUUUCAAGAAUAUAAUCCUCCCACACUCAUAUUGCUUUUUUUAAAAAAAAUCUCUGUUUCCCUUUGUUUAAAAACAAAAGUUUUGAUCUCUACUUUUUUGUGGAUGAUUUGAAGUCGCUGAGAAGUUUUGUGGAUGAUUUGAAGUAGCUUUUGUGGGGAUGGGGAGGAAACUGAAAGCAUUAAAAUAAACCCAUGAGCCACGUAGCUUAGAUGACCAGUCAAUAUGUGCUUUGACCAACUUCUCUACAAAUAGGUAAUGAGGGUAGUGUUGCUAACCGGGUAGAGCCAUACUGCGGAGACCUCCGGAAAGAGGGGAGACGAGUGUGGUUUAAAAAAUCGUAUAAGAUCUGUAUUUAUAAAACACUUUGUAGAUUGGGGGGGGGGGGUUUCUUUCUUUUUCUGAACAAAUUUAUUUAUAGUUGUUCUUCAGCUCCGGCUCCUGUACAUGCUUUCGGCGCUCUCGUCCCGAGAGGAUCUUAAUGUAUCUCUGUUUCUACAACGGCUUCUGUUUUCUCUGUUCCAAAAAGAAACUUGGCGCGUGUCUCCUC